UAAGUUAUCAGGUCGCUUCUGGCGGCGGGUCGGACACUUUCGGAAACGCCAGAAAUUUUGCACUGACAAUACCACGAUGACCGCGGUGCGCGACGGACGACGGUUAUCGAUAAAUCGGAAGUUUAACUGCGUGGAAUCGAGGGCGACACGUGUCCGGUCGGGAUGAGUGUCGGAUAUUCGUACUUUAUGGAGAUGCUGGGGGUGGGAGUGCACCCAGCUGGUGACACAGUGCCGGAAGGUGACCUUGAAGCGCCGAAAAGAGAGGGCAAACAUCGGUCCAGUGUGAGGAGGCUAGUGCAUCGGUUCGAGGCCCGUGCCAGUGAGCAGUUCGAGCGGGUCAGUGGCCGAUUCUCGUCCAAAGUCCGAAGGUUUAAGCACCCUAAAGAGGAUGCUGCCACUCAAGGAUCUUCGCAGGGCAGCUCUCCGUUACCUUCACCUUCCGAAUCGCAGCCGACGACGACGUUGUGGUACCUGGAGGAACGCGAUAAGAUAACCGACGACGGAGUUGAUAACGACGACGACGACGAUGAACGACGCAAAACCACCAUGUGCCCCGGUACGCCACUCCCCCUAACGGACGAGCAGCUGGAGCGGAUAUCGCUGCCCGAUUCGGAAACCAUCUGCGACUGCUACAACGAGUUCAUCUACCUCUGCCUCACCAAGAGUGCCGCCGAUCACCUCAACUCGUACGACUCCGACUUCGAAGAAGACGACGACACUGACAUUCCGGCAUCGGCCGAAGCGAGCAACACAACGGUGUCACUGCGACUACCAGGGGAUUACAUCCACUAUAUGUUACAUGGCCACUAUCUAGUAAGGCGGCUUAGCGCAGAGCAAACAACUAACCUAGACAAGGAGGUCAACUGCGCUGGUUGUAGUGGUGGGAGUAGUUUCGAUGACAAUGAUUCAGUAUUCUUGGACGCGGAAGAAACUCUGCCAACGACGACGAUUUCCUUCGAGGAAGCUGAUAAGGCUGUGGGAACUUUGGAAACCGAUAACGAUAUUGGGAAUGGCAAACAAGACGACGAGCAAGUCAGAAAACUAGCGUACCUGAUCGAUGAACUGGUUGAAACCGAGCGGAACUACAUCAACACCCUCGAACGGGGAAUCACCACGUACAUCAAGAACGUCUUCCAAAAGAUCCCGAUCCCAUCCGAGCUGAUCAACAUGAAGUACCACCUGUUCGGGAACAUCGAGUACAUCCACCUGUUUCACAAAUCCAUCCUCCUGCCCAAAAUGAUCGCUUGCGGCAAAGAUUCCGGCCGGAUAGCGGACGUGUUCCGGAAGUAUCUGGAAAACGACUCCUUCUAUGGGUACGUCCUGUACUCACUGUACCACCCAAAGUCACAGCGACUCUGUGAGCAGUUUAGCCGAUUCUUUGAGGACCAUCAAAAUCACAGUGGAGAUAAGCUAGGCGUCAAAAGCUUCAUCCUGCAGCCGAUCCAGCGACUUCCGAGGUACAACAUGAUGCUGAACAGUAUUGCCAAAGCACUGAGAAAGUCUGCUCAAACCAGCUCAACCUCGAUGAACCUCCAGUCGGUGGAGGCUGCCCAGCGAAUGAUGGAGGCGUUCAUCAACAGCAUGAACGAGUCGAUGGCGGUGAACGAUAUCGUGGAGUGCGAACGGGCUGAGGAUGAUGAGGUGGAGUUGGGCUUUGGAGUGCCGAAGCCGGCCACCGUGCUGAAGGAGCAGAACAGCGAGAACCAGAUCUUGUUUCUGUACCCGCGGGAGUGCGAGAACGCGGAGCGGAAUAAACCAAUCAACAUCCUGCACCAGGGCAAGUUCAAAAAGGUGUUUCCGCUGUACAUCAACGAUCUGCGACUGGGCCGCCAGUACCAGGGCAAACUGUUCAUAUUCGAGCGGUGCGUGAUUUUUACCGAACAGACCAAGCAAAAGCCCACGGAGCAGUCGAAGCAGAAGCUCCGCUACCGGGGACACUUUGACGGGCAGGAGGUCGGGUACGACUUCAGCAAUCACCAGAUAUUGAGGGUCGUAUCGGAGAAGGAACGAGAGUACGCCAUUGAGGUUAAGAUUGAUAUUCAGAAUCCGAACGCGGCCAAUUUGGCGGUCGUGGUGGAACUGCUGAGGGCGAUCAUAAGUAAGCGUGAGAAGAAGGAGGGAUUUAUCAUUGAGAGUACUGAGCUGACGAUCAUCCGGAAUGCUAUGGUGAAUCGGAAUAGCAGUAACAGGAGCAGUAUCUCUAGUACGGCUAGUAGUUUCAGUUUUUACAACACGUGUGGUCCGGAGAUAGUGGAAGAAUCACCGUUGAGUUUCUACCCGAAGCAGGACUUCAACAACAAUAGUUCGGCGAUCGACACCAUGAUCAACUUUCAUCAGUAUUACGAAAAAGCUUUGAGUGAUAGUUUGAGUUUCUACAUGAACUCGUUGCCGUUUGAAGUACGAGAACAGCUGACUGAACUGAAUGAGAUCCUCAACGACAUGUUGAAGGUUCAAAGAGGUCUGAACUUUCGACUAUUUGAAGACGAUCUUCGCCAGGGUGCCGAAAGUGACCUGAAAUAUCUCUGUGUUAUUUUCCAUGACAGUCUCAAACAGUCCGAGUUUGAAAUAUUCCUCAGAUAUGUGGAACGAUCCAAGGCUGCGGAAGCCGUCCUGAUGAGCUUCGAGCAGUACUUUUCCGGCCAACCAAAGGAAGAUGAUGCCAUCUGCCUGUCGAUCGAUGCAUUCUUGUUUCUUCCGAUCGAGUACGUGAAUCGCUGCUACGAGUUCUUCGAAUCUGUCUGGAGAGACGUCCACGGAUCAACGGGCACGAUACAGCUGCGAAACACCGUACUCGACUACAAGAUCAACUACGUGCACGAUCAGCUCUCUCUGCUGCGCCAACGGGUCAACGAAAACUACUACAUCCGGCAGCUGAUCAUGGACGUUGACUUCCUGAACGAAAUCGAACUGGUUCAAUACUCGGAAAUUGUUAGACUCGAAGGAUCGUACGCCAACUACCGGCUGUUCCUUAUGAAAACGGGACUGCUCUGCAUGAAAAUCAAACCAGAUCAGCAACCGGACAAACCGGAAGCCUACAGCGGUGUGACGUUCUACUGUCCGUACACCAAGUCGACGCAUCGGAGCAGCAAACGGAGCGAAAAACGGUGGAUCGUCUACCUGGACGGGAAGAAGACAACGCUGGUAUUCGCUGGGAAGCAGGCACGGCACAUGACCAGCGAUCAGUACCAGAAGCUGGCGAAUCAGAUGCGAGCCAAGGCGAGGGUUAAGAAGCGGUCGUUCUUUAGGGCGAAUGAUUAGUUUAAAGGGCAGGUUUU